UGAAUGCAGCUGUGUGACUCACGCUGUGACGUUGUCUGUUUUGUUUUUCGUGGCGCGAGGCUCUCUCUCCGUCAGCUUUGCAAACUGUGACCUGGUUACAGGUUCAUGACUGUGACCCGGCGAAAAGUCCUCCGCUGAAAGUGACUUCUUGGUAAAUUCUGCGAUUGAACAGCCCCUAACUGAAGUUUUGAAGCUCAAGUGUUGUGUUCAGGCGUUCGGAUUAUGGGGAAAUCUUAAAACAACAUUUGGUCCCGUCAGGCUUGCUAACGUUAGCUAAGGAAGCAGCGCUCCUGCUCCGACAGCUGACUGAUGAACUCAUGUUGACUUCAAGAUUAACAGCUAGAGCGAUGGAGACUUCACUGGUUAAAGACAACCCGCUGCUUUUACCCCUCAACAAGGAGAAAACUAUCUAUGACGGAUUCAUAACAGUCCAGGAACGAGACUUCAGGAUAAGAUUACAUCUACCGCCAGAUCGUCAGCUUGCGCGGAGCAGGCUGCAUUGCUGCUGGCAGUUAAAGCACCUGUUGCGUGGGUAUGAGCACAUAGUGAAGCAGAGGCUACAGCAGUCGCCUGAUCUUGUCAGUUUCAUUCUGGAGCUGAAGACCGUCCUGGAAGUGGGCCUGAAGAGCUUUCCUGAGUGCCGCUCCAUCCCACCUCCACAGUAUUACUCUCAGCUAAUCUCUGAGAUGGAGACCCUUGGAUGGGCCAAGCUGCUCUUCAUAAACACAGAGUUCCAAACGUUGAGACUGAAGGCAGAGGACUCCUCUGGGAGGGAGCACAUCCUCACUAUUAAACUCAGGUCUAAGCACCCUGCAGAGGCUCCUGAAUGCUCAGCUGACCUGCCAAUCCCUCUGGUCAUAACCUGGACACCACAGAGUACUCUGGACCAGCUUUACAAUCAGUUCCUUCUGGUUUUGGAGUCCCUGACCAAGUUUUGGGACGUCCUGGACGAGAUUGACAGCAAGACCUGGAUUCUGGAGCCGGAAAAACCCAGCCGGUCCGACACCAUGAGGCGGAUCGCUGUUGGAAACAACGUAUCCAUCAAAGUGGAGGUGGAUCCCAGACACCCUGAGAUGCUGCCAGAGUGCUGCCUGCUGGGAGCCGAGCACGCGGUGACCCCACUGAGGAAUAAACUGAACGCCAACAUGCACUUGUGGAACCCGGACUCCAGCGUCUUGCACAACCUCCGGGAUGUUUUGGAGAUCGAAUUCCCGUCACCUGCCACCCACGAAAAAUCUACCUUCAGCGUUGAGUGUGGGAUCUGUUACUCCUAUCGUCUCGAAGCUGCAAUCCCUGAUCACGUGUGCAACGACCCUCGCUGUGGCCAGCCCUUCCAUCAAGCAUGUCUGUACGAGUGGCUGCGAGCGCUCCCUUCCAGCAGGCAGAGCUUCAACAUUGUUUUUGGAGAGUGUCCUUACUGCAGCAAGCCCAUUACUGUGAAAAUGGCAGCCCAGAAGUCCUGAGAAGUGGUUUUGUGCUCCUGUGAUCUCCUGUCUCUACAAUGGGGAACGGCCUCAAAAGACUAUGUUAACCUCGUGGGUCCCUUAUUUACUCAAACAUCUGUUUUUUGUUCUAAAAGGUUUAAACGGCCCAUAUUCUGUUUUAUUUUGGUUGUCUACUCAAAUUGUUUACAUGCUCAAAUGUUGAAAAUACCCUGAAUGCUGUCUGAAUGCUUUGUUUUAGCGCCUGUUUCUUUAAGGCCUUACUACAAAAAGUCUGGUCUUCUCUGAUUGGUCAGCCCUCACAGGCCUGAUCAUCCUGUGUCUGCAUGAGCCAUGCUGGAGGCAUAGACCAUAGUCACAUGAUAUCUUUCUCUGACAGCAUGCUCAGGGUGAGAGGCUUGUUUGCUGGGAUGUUACACGUCUUGUAAAUAUGGAGCAUCUGAAAAAUUGUUAUUUGACUAUUUCCUGAUUCAUCAGCCACUGCAUGGAUGAGGGUAGUGGAAAUCUGGAGGAUAUCGGGCCAUAUUUCAAGGUAAACAAAAAACAUUUGAUAACCCUUUGGCUAACGUUAGCAUUCAACUACUUCCUAGCUAACCGUUCCUGGCUCAAACAUAUCUGCUCCAGAUGUGUGUGAAAUUUUAGACGUUAGUUGUUGUGUAACAGAAGCUCCAGGGUUAUCAAAUAUUAUUAUUAACCCUGGAAAUAUAAACCAAAGUCCCUCUGGAUUCCCACCUAUUGUUUAUUUCAGUUGCUAAUCAAUAAUUUGUCGUGUUGUCCUACUACCUGGAACAACUGUACAACAUUUGAGCUCCCCACUCUGAGUGUGAUGUCAGACCAUAUUCACAGGGCAACCAUUUUCCUCUGUGAGGGUGGUGACUGUAUAGUUGUGACAUCAAAACCAUACAAAUCCUGACAGCUGACCUGAAGGCACAGUUUCUGAAUAUGGAAAGUGUGCAUAAAGAUGUGUAAAUUAAAUGUUCUACAAUAUGGGACCUUUCCAUGCACUAACUCCAACACUGA